UCCGUCCACCGGAACGGGGGCAAUGCCCGGAUGCGUUUGAAUCGGGGUGUGUCGGGCGAGGACGGGCAGGAUGGUGUGGAGCGUGGCCCCAGAGUGACGCUGUGUCCGUGGAGCUCUGCCCUCCUGAUGCGCAGGACUGAGCCCUCCCGCCGCUCUGAGCCCACGGGGCUCACAGGACCAGCCGGCUGCCGCCUCCCUCGGGGUCCGCGCGGGCUCCAAACCGCCCGGGUUUCAGGUGUGAGGAGCCCUGAGACGGAGCCUGGUCCACGACCCCUCUGCCCUCCUUCCGCACGGUUGUCGACCCGUCCUUGCCACAGGCUGAACGGGCCUCCUCUCCUCCUGACCCCUGCAGGCCCUGGGGUCUGGGGCGCCCCGAGGACCGGCUGGGGGGCCCCUCCCUGGGGCGUGGCCAGUGGUGAGGGGGCCGUGGCUGGGAGCGGCAGGAUGUUUGUGGCCUCAGGCCCCGGCGUGGUGUCUGUGACGGAGCCGGCUCAGAGCAGCAGGACUUAG